CCCAGAACGCUUUGCGCUUCCCAGCGCUUCCCACAGUGCCACUGGGUCUUCGCUAUGUCGGAGUUUCCCGGCAGGCUUUGCGCCGGUGAAAGAAAAUGGCAGAUGCUGGCUCCUCCCAAGCGCCAAUAUCUUUUGGGUUUAGUCGCAGUUCCAAAAAGAAACUCCUAGUGGGCGACGGGGAGAAGAAAGAGGGGGGCGAGAAGGAGUAUGUGCUCGGGGCAGAAGGAAAAGAGCUGCUCAGUGCAAACCCUACUCCAGAAUCAAAGCCGUUAGUUAUUCCGCUCAUAGACAAGAAUAGGUGGGCCAAGCCGAACAAGACAAAGGACAAGGAGGAAGAUGCAAGUCCACGGACAGAAGAGGAGGCUGUGCUGUCACAAGCUGUAAAAGAGUUGAUUGAGGAAUCCCGGCGAGCCCAAGAGGAUACUGAGACAAAUCAAACUCUGAGCAUCCCAUUGCUUAUGCAGAACAGAAUUCCUGAUGGUUAUGAAGAUGGAGAGAAGGUUGAUGUUAGCUUACGGCCAGAUUCUGCGGAAGCUGCUGACUAUGAUGUGGUGCCUGUGGAGCAUUAUGGGAUGGCGAUGCUGAGAGGAAUGGGUUGGAAGGAAGGAGAGGGCAUUGGACAUACAUUUAAGCAGGAUGUAAAGCCAUUAGAGCAGAAAUUGCGCCCUAAAGGACUGGGACUAGGUGCAGAUCGUUCUGCACUAAAGGACCUGGAUCCAAAGAAGCCACGGAAACCAUUGAAACCUGGGGAGGAACCGCAAGAAGAGUCAAAAGGUCUUGGGACAGGGAGUGCAGUACAGAUACAGAGUGGAGCUCAUAAAGACAUGUAUGGGAAGGUAGAAGGCACUGACCCAGACAAUUCCAGGGCAAUGAUCAAGCUUGCCAUUGGUGGAAAGGUGGUUACAGUAUCUCUGUUCUCCUUGCGAUUGGCCAGCAGUGCAGAAUAUACAAAGUAUGCAAAGGAUUUGAGUAGGUUAAGUAAAGCACAUCAGGAAUCCAAAGUGGAGCCACAUAGAGACAGAACACCAGAAAAAGAGCAACGAACAAAAGAUGGUGAGAAAGGAAAAGAUAGUCAAGUAGGCAUGAUGAUGAAUGAUGUUGAAAAACGCAAUGAGUCAAGCAGGAACGGUGACUCCAAUAACAAAGAAAAGAGACAUCGACAAAGGAGUCCGGAUCAAGAGAAAUUAAAAAAGAAGAUAAGGCCUGAACCGCAUGGCUGGCUACGUCGUGACUUAAGGGUUCGAUUUAUCGACAAGAAUUAUAAAGGGGGAAAGCACUACAAUUCUAAGAUGUUGGUAGAGGAUGUUUUAAGCCCAACAAGAUGCGUGUGUCGAACAGAAAGUGGGCGUAUCCUGGAAGAUAUCAGACAAGAUAUGCUGGAGACAAUCAUACCCAAGGAAGAGGGAGCACACGUUAUGGUAGUAUUGGGAAAGUAUCGGGGUAUGGUUGGGAAGAUUCUUCACAGAGACAAGCAGAAAAGUAGAGCUUUGGUCCAGUUGCAAGGGGAACAUGAUUCUGCAGAAACCCUGAGCUAUGAUGCCAUUUGCCAUUACACCGGGGCACAGGAUGACUAAGGCCUUCAACAGAUACACUUCAGGGAGGCAACUGUGUAUAGUUUUACAAUGUUUAUUUUUUUUAAUUUAAUAACUGUAAAUAAACCAUUUCUAUACAAA